AUGGACACAGAGUAUAGGGCUCGGAAGGAAGCCUUUGUUUCGGACCUGUCCGGUGGAAAUAUCAUGGAAGUUGGCAACGUCCUCUUCAUCCCCUUGACUGCAAUCCUCCUCUGGACUACUCUUCGUACGCGAUGCUCGUUCUUGUUGAGAUAUCGCCUUGUCAGUGUCCUAGUAGAAUUCGUGUUCACGGUAGGGACACCGCUUGGUGCUUUGACCGUCUGCUAUCCAUUCGUGCCAGCAUUAAACAUCGGCCUUGUUCUUUGCUCUGCGUUCUUGUUCCUCUGCGUGACGCCAUCCAUAGAUGGGAGUCAUACAUCGACAAAGCCUUCAAAACAAGGAGCGGGCCGCCAGCAGCACUAUCUGUUCAUCUCACAUCAUCGUGGAGCACUGAUGAUGUUGGUCUGCCUUUCCAUCUUGGCCGUUGAUUUCCAAGUGUUCCCGCGAAGUCUAGCCAAGGUUGAGAACUGGGGGAUAUCUGUGAUGGAUCUCUUUGCUGGAAGCUUCGUGUUUUCGUCGGGAUUCAUCUCCCACAAGUCCAGCCGGAACGCAGCAAAGCGGUCUUUUUAUCUCACAUUAUGUGGCCUUCUUCGACUGGCCGCCAUGAAUUUGCUUAAUUACCAGCAACAUACCUCGGAAUACGGGGUUCAUUGGAAUCUCUUUUUCACGAUCCCCGCCUUGACCGCGAUGGUCAACAUAGUCGACUGCAUCACCGCGGCUGUUCGCUUGCCAGAUGAGGCAGUGGCCGUCGCAACCGUGGUGACAAGUGAAAUUUGCCUGAGAUCCAGAGGCCUGCAGGAGAAUCUUCUCAGUCUCGACAGAGGAACCGGGUUUAUUUCAUUAAACCGGGAGGGUCUUUUUUCCACCGUCGGGUACGCGGCAAUUUACCUCAUUGGCCGCGGUGUCGGUUCUCAUACUUUCAUGCUGCUGUCAUCUCAGAACCGGUCGAAUAUUGUUCUUUCAGGGUUGGCGACACAGGCAUUUCUAUGGGCCGGAUGCUUUGCUCUAGCCUCUACCGAGGCCGUUGGGUUUGGAUGGCAGAUCCCAGUCUCCCGCCGGCUCGCCAACAUAUCCUAUGUUUUCUGGGUGGCAGCGGUCAACAGUAUCUGGCUGUUUCUAUACUACUUCAUCGAUUGGGUCCACACGACCGCAGGCCAAGGGUCAGGUAAUCGACACCUGCGCAGCGAUGACAAUCCUGUUACGAAGUCUGUGCGAAGCGAUAUAAUCUCUGCCUUUAACGAAGCUGGUCUUGCGGUCUACCUAAUUGCAAACCUCAUCACCGGAGGGGUGAAUUUGGCAGUGAACACGCUUGAUAUGUCCGGGUCGUCGUCAAUGGCUCUCCUGGUUAGCUACGCCAUUGUUCUCACCGCUGUAGCUUUAGACUUACGGUCAUCUGAGAGAAAGCUGAAAGUGUAG